CGGGCGGGGGCCCCGCGCGGGGCCAGGUGGAGAGCCGCGGGCCGCGAUGGGCCGCCGCCUGCCGGUGUGGCUGUGCGCCGUCGCGGCGCUGCUCUCGGGGGCGCAGGCCAAGGGCACCCCGCUCCUCGCGCGGGCCGCGCCGCCCGGUGCCCCCCGCUACAGCCUCUACACGACGGGAUGGCGCCCGCGGCUGCGCCCGGGGCCGCACAAGGCCCUCUGCGCCUACGUGGUGCACAGGAACGUGACCUGUAUCCUACAGGAGGGAGCAGACAGCUAUGUGAAGGCUGAGUACCGGCAGUGUGGAUGGGGGCCCAAGUGCCCCGGGACAGUCAUGUACCGCACAGUGCUCAGACCCAGAUACAAGGUCGGCUACAAGACAGUGACGGACCUCACCUGGCGGUGCUGCCCUGGCCUCACUGGAGAAGGCUGCCCCGAGCACCUCACCGACCAUGGGGCCUCCCCAGCCCAGCCAGAGCCUCAGCCCCAGAUUCCCUCGGGGCAGCUGGGCCCAGGGCCCCAGCCCCCUUCUUCUAGCAGAGCGGUCCCCAGCCCCUAUGGAAGAAAAGGUCCAGGGCUGUUUGGUGAGCGGCUAGAACGACUGGAGGGUGAUGUCCAGCGCCUGGCACAAGCAUAUGGUACCCUCAGUGGCCUGGUGGCCAGCCAUGAAGACCCCAACAGGAUGACCAGUGGUCCCAGGGCUCCUGCCACCCCUGUGGGCUUCGGGAUCGUCUCUGAGGGGUUUGUGAAGCCCAGAGACAGAGCUGGAGGGCCACUCACACCCCCCCUGGAUGAGAUCUUGAGCAAGGUGACAGAGGUGAGCAACACGCUCCGGACCAAGGUGCAGCUGCUGGACGAGGUGCACGGGCUGGCCCUGGGUCACGAGGCUCACCUACAGCGGCUGCGGGAGGCCCCUCCGUCUCCACUCACCUCCCUGACGCUUCUGGACGAGUACGUGGACCGACGGCUGCACCGACUCUGGGGGAGCCUACUGGAUGGCUUCGAGCAGAAGCUGCAAGGUGUCCAGAGUUCCUGCGACCUGCGGGUGCAGGAGGUGCGGCAGCAGUGUGAGGAGGGUCAAGCAGCCAGCCAGCGGCUGCACCAGAGCCUGGAUGGCCGGGAGCUGGCCCUGCGCCGGGAGCUGUCACAGCUCGGGUCGAGGCUACAGGGGCUGAGCAUGGCCGGAGGGGGCGGCUGCUGCGGCCGGCUGGCUUUGAUCAGCGCCCGUGUGGACAACCUCGAGAGGAAUCUACAGGCUGUCACUGAGGCCCAGAGGGGCCAUGGCCCCCUCACCAGGGAUGAGCUGGAGCGGCUCUCUGCUGCCAUGCUUGAGGGGGGUGCGGACCGGCUGCUGGAGGGCCUGGAGACCCUCAAUGGGACGGAAGGCGGAGCGAGAGGCUGCUGCCUGGGGGGGGAGGAGGGGGGAUGGGACGUGGGCAGCUUCAGGACCCUGCUGGAAGAGCGAGUGCAGAGCCUAGAGGAGCGCCUGGUGACGCUGGCUGGGGAGCUGAGCCAUGACAGCGACCCACCGGGCAGGUCGGCCCGGCCCCGGGUGCAGACGGAGCUGGCGGUGCUGGAACAGCGGCUGGUUUCACUGGAGUCCUCGUGCACUCCCAGCACCACCUCGGCCAUCCUGGACACCCUCGCGGCAGAGGUGAAGGCCUGGCAGAGCCGGAGCGAGGCCCUCCUACACCAGGUGGCCAGCCACGCAGCCCUGCUCCGGCAGCUCAACGGCACCGUGGCCGAGGUCCAGGAGCAGCUGGCAGAAGCAACGGGCAGCUCACUCCAAGGCGAGAUCACCCUGCUCAAGGUCAAUCUGAACUCUGUGAGCAAGUCGCUCACGGGCCUCAGCGACUCCGUCAGCCGGUACUCCGAUGCCUUCCUGGAGGCCAACUCCUCCCUGGACGAGCGAGAGCGCAAGGUGGAGGCUGAGGUGCACGCCAUCCAGGAACAGGUCAGCAGCCAGGGCUCUCGGCUUCAGGCCGGCCACAGGCAGGUCCUGAGCCUGCGGGGGGAGCUGGAGCGACUCAAGGCCGGCGUGGCCGAUGUGGCGGGCGGGCUGAGCCGCUGCCAGCACACAGCCCAGGACCUGCGGCACGUGCUGGGCCGCUUCGACCAGAGGGUGGCGCAGGUGGAAGGUGCCUGCGGGAGGCUGGGCCUACUGGCUGCCCACAGGGAGGGCCUGUGGGGCUACGUGGACCAGCUGAAUCGCACACUGGCUCAGCAUGCGCAGGACAUCGCCCGCCUCCGGGAUGACCUCCUGUACUGCCGGGCCCAGCUGGCCGAGCAGGCGCGGCCCCGGCAAGCUGACUAG